AGACUUACAUGGAAAGAGAGAACUAAUAUUGUAUAUUAUGUAAAUCGUUCACUUAGUAGUAUCCAUAAAGGAAAUGCAAUUCAUAAAGAUUUACAUUCAGGAAAUAUAUUAUAUCAUCAAUAUAGUAAUAUUUGGUAUAUUAGUGAUCUUGGAUUUUGUGGGCCUGCUGAUAAACCAUUAAAAAGUAUAUAUGGAAAUCUUCCUUAUAUUGCGCCAGAAGUUAUUGUCGGAAAAGGAUAUAUUUCUGCAUCUGAUAUAUAUAGUAUUGCAAUGAUAAUGUGGGAAAUUUCAUCUGGACAGCCACCUUUUGCUAAUUAUGAAGAUGACUAUGAUCUUGCAAUGGAUAUUGUUAAUGGUAUGAGACCAAAGUUUGUAUCAGGAACUCCUUUAAAAUACAAAGAAUUAAUGGAACAAUGUUGGGAUGCUGAUCCAACAAAAAGACCU